AGAGGCCAGGGUGCGUGUGUCUCUGCAGGUUGACGACCUUGACAUUCAGAGGGGGGGGCGGGCCGAGGAGCAGUGACCAUUGAGGCGGGGGUGUGGCCUCCCACUCUGGUCAAUCAUAAAAACACUCAGCUUAACUUUGCUCUUCCCCACUCACACCCGGAGUCGCAACACAGACUGAGGCAUCUCACAAACGAGGACUAGACCAACCCAGACAAAAUGGUGAAAGUCGGUAUCAAUGGAUUCGGCCGCAUCGGUCGUCUGGUGACCAGAGCUGCCUUCACCUCCAAGAAGGUGGAGAUCGUGGCCAUCAACGACCCUUUCAUCGACCUGGAGUACAUGGUCUACAUGUUCAAGUAUGACUCUACCCACGGUCGCUUCAAGGGUGAGGUCAAGAUUGAGGGAGACAAGCUGGUCAUCGAUGGACACAAAAUCACAGUUUUCCACGAGAGGGAUCCCACCAACAUCAAAUGGGGCGAUGCUGGUGCCCACUAUGUGGUUGAGUCCACUGGUGUCUUCACCACCAUUGAGAAGGCAUCUGCUCACUUGAAGGGUGGCGCCAAGAAAGUCAUCAUCUCUGCACCCAGUGCUGAUGCUCCCAUGUUCGUCAUGGGCGUGAACCAUGAGAAGUACGACAAAUCCCUCCAGGUCGUCAGCAACGCUUCCUGCACAACCAACUGCCUGGCCCCCCUCGCCAAGGUCAUCAAUGACAACUUCGGCAUCAUUGAGGGCCUGAUGAGCACUGUUCACGCCAUCACUGCAACCCAGAAGACCGUGGACGGCCCCUCCGGCAAACUGUGGAGGGACGGCCGUGGUGCCAGCCAGAACAUCAUCCCGGCUUCAACCGGCGCUGCCAAGGCUGUUGGCAAGGUCAUCCCUGAGCUCAAUGGCAAGCUGACCGGCAUGGCCUUCCGUGUCCCCACCCCCAACGUGUCAGUGGUCGACCUGACUGUCCGUCUGGAGAAACCUGCCAGCUACGAAAACAUCAAGAAGGUUGUGAAGGCUGCAGCUGAAGGACCCAUGAAGGGCUAUCUGGCAUACACCGAGCACCAGGUCGUCUCCACAGACUUCAACGGUGACACUCACUCCUCCAUCUUUGAUGCUGGCGCUGGCAUCGCUCUUAAUGACCACUUCGUCAAGCUGGUCUCAUGGUACGACAAUGAGUUUGCCUACAGCAACCGUGUCUGCGACCUGAUGGCCCACAUGGCCUCCAAGGAGUAAACCAACCAACCAAUCAGAAGUCACUGCACUACGAAACAUCACCCACGUUCUCCUGAACCCAGAGUUAUACAUUUACAAUAAGACAUUGUGUUAUCUAUAACUCUGCCUGGUUUCCAUCUGAUCGUCGACCCCCCCCCAUCACAUGUCUGAGGAAUGGUCCCACAGAGAGAAAUGAAAAUAUUAAUUGGUGACCAAUUACUUUUUUAUUUUAUUUGUGACAGUCCUUGUUCUGUUAUUGUGUGAGAUGGAGUGAAGGUGUGAGAGACUGACUGUAACACUCAGGUGCUGCAGUCAGUGGAAUAAAGUCCUCGGUUUGUGAGA